CUAAGUUCGUCAGUUUAAUUUCCUAUCAAAUGACUGACGAAAGGAACAAACAUUCACACACACACACACAGAGCUUGCAAAAACACAAUCCCACACGCGGAGUUUUACGCGUGCCUGGUGAAUUCGUAAUUAAUACUAUAUGCAAAUCUAGAUAUAAAGGCUAAUAAUAUCAAAGCCACAUAAGCCCAGAUGAUAAACGCUUGUACCUAGCUAAAUUCAUGAUGUAAAAACACUAUACAUUUCCUUGACAAAGGAGUGACAUAUAGCUAUAAAAUAUGAGUCGCAGUUUAGCUCUUGAUAGCCGAAGAUCAUCAAUUAGUGACGGAAGCAGUCACUUGCAGGAUAGAAACGUAUCUAUAGCGACUUCAGGGGAUACACACGCUACACGGAGACCAUCAAUUAGCUCCACAACAGGACUACCGAAUCUGAACAAACGCAGGUCAACUGUUUAUCGUAAGUCAAGCGUACUAGACAGUCAUCCUGCUUCUCUUGCAUUCCGUCCACGACUAGCCAACACAUACCAAAUGGAACCCGAACGAAAGUUCAAACCUGCAGAAAUCCAGAAACUUGUCUAUAAUGUUCUGGAAGAGAGACUUGAAGAUACGAGUUAUGAGCCUGAUAAAUGUCGUCAUCUUGUAGUGUCUUUGGCAAAUGAGAUCAGACAUAGAGUAAAACAAAUGGGUUUUGCGCGAUACAAGAUAGUUUGCACUGUUGAUAUGGGAUCUAUUGAGGAGCAAGGCUUACGUGUUGCCAGUCGCUGUCUUUGGGAUAAAGUUCAAGAUAGUUUGGGAACGGCUACGUUUAAAAAUGAAAGUUUGUUUGCAGUUGGGACUGUGUUUGGAGUUUAUCAUGAAUAAUCAUUGUUGGAUGCAUUUGACGCAAGAAGUACAACAGUAAUCAAAACUGUAGAUAAAAAUUAUAAUACACCUAUAUGCACUACAACACACAAACCAACGUACUCCGUGAACAUAAAGAAAAACGAAGAAAUCGAAUGAUCACUUGGAAAAACAUAUUCAGUUCACGUAAUUCAUGCGUUACAUAUCAACCGCGAAAAAAUGUUAGGACAAUAAUAUACAAACCAAGAAGUUGAACAACGAGACUAUAGUUCUCACAAAUAUACUGUGAACAAACUGAAUGAUAUACAUGAGUGACGCAAGCUUCCUCGACUAGACCUAAAUGGACUUCUACAAUACUGUUAUUGUCAAUAAAAUAAAUAUGCAAAGCUUAGUGUUAAGUUAGGAUAGUGAAACUGGCCUUAUUUAUAGAAAUUAAAUAUAUAGAAUCCUGGAAUUACGUUGCUAUCGAUAUUUGAAUAGUUGGGAUAGAUAUAACUUACGUUUUGGCAGCUAUAUAUUUUUGAGGUAAAAUAUUUACAAUUUCAUGGUCGAGAGGUUUCAUAACAGCUAUGUAUACUAUAUUUGUAAUGUAAUAUUCCGUGACCAAUUCAAGUCUCAGUCGCAUUUGUCACAACAAGAAAAAUGAAACCUGUCAACAACGUGAACGGCAAACAUUUUAUUGCUAUAGUGUUGCGUGCAGUGUAAGUGGACUUGUAUAACUAGUUCUGGCCGUCACCUGUUUGUACUCGUGAUUUUGUAGUUGACUACCUAUUCAUAGAAUAAAGACUAUACAGAAAGCGCCAUGAUUCGCCAUCAAUUUCAACUAAUUUGAAAUGUUAUAUGUUUUUCAACUAAUUUAAUAUUUUUAUGUAUGUGUGUACGUAUUUCGCUGCUUCGGGGGUUGCACCUUGCAUGGGAGUUCGCGUUCCGUAAUCGA